AUGGAACUCUUCCGAGAGAUGGCUCAGAGAGGAUUGAUUGGCGACACCACCACUUACAACACACUUAUCCAAGGGUUUUUUCAAGCAGGGGAUUGUGAUAAUGCCCAAAUGGUAUUCAAACAGAUGGUUUAUGAUGGUGUGCCUCCCAGUAUUAUGAUUUACAACAUCUUAUUAGAUGGACUUUGUAAUUAUGGGAAGCUAGAGACAGCAAUGGCUGGGAAGGUGGGAGAAGCGUGGGAUUUAUUUUGUAGCCUCAACCAUAAAGGAGUGAGGCCUUGUGUUGUAACCUACAAUACCAUGAUCUCAGGCUUGUGUGGGAAACGGUUACUGCACAAAGGGGAUGCCUUGUUUAGAAAAAUGAAAGAAGAUGGGAUUCUCCCAGAUGAUUGUAUCUAUAAUACGUUGAUCAGAGCGCACCUCAGAGAUGGCGACAAAGCUGCAUCAGCAGAACUCAUCAAAGAAAUGAGGAGUUGCGGGUUUGCUGGAGAUGCUUCAACCUUUGGCUUGGUCACUAAUAUGUUAUAUGAUGGGAGACUGGACAAAAGCUUCCUCAAUCUGCUUUCGUAAAGAUGAGAGGUGUGAGGAGAAUUAACGUUUGUCCUUCUAUUCUAAUGAGGUGAAAAUAUGACUGAUUCUAUUUAUUGCUAGGUUACGGACAAGAAUUUAUGCAAUUUCAAAUGAUGUCAUAGGUUUCAUUGAUCGUUAUAUCUUUAUCUCUCUUUCAUAAGGGAAAUUUCAUUUUGUUAUUGUGAAUUUAAGUACUUGUCUGGUUUCGGAUUUGAUGUAAUUGUGGAACAGAAUUGUAUAAAUCGUUUUCUGUA